GCGAAAAGACCAAGAUGGCGGAUUGAGCGGCUCUGGCUCGUCGGAGAAGUUUUGAAUUUACGACCUUACAGCCGUAUAAAGUCACAGAAAAUAUAUAUUCUUCAAGAUUCGCCUUUUCUAAAAGCCCACGAAACGGAAGUGGAGUAUUAAGCGACGCAGUGUUGUCUGAAGUGAAGAUAGAAGACGUGAUAGAAGAUGGACGACUACUGCUAUGCUAAGAUGGCGACGUCCGCUAAAAGAGAACAUGAAAGAGAAUCAACUUCCAGCAAAUCACCAACGGAGAUAAAGACGAAAACUGCAGAAAAUUACGUCCAGCAGCUGAUUGGUCAUCCAGAAGAACGUUCCACUCAGUCAGGAGGGAGCCCCACUUUGAAGCUGGAGACUCCACAGCCACCCCACAUUAAAAAGGAAGAGGAGGAACUCUGGAUCACUCAGGAGAGAGAGUGUCUUCUAGGACGAGAGGAAGCUGAUUACACCAAGUUGCCUCUGACUAUUGUCUCUGUGAAGAUUGAGGAAGAUGAAGAGAAACCCCAAGUAGACAACCUCCUACUGUCGGAUAGUGAGACUGAAGACGAGGUUGAAGAACCUUUGAGCAGCGAUACAGACUGUGAAGAUGUCCAUCAGCUGAUUGGUCAUCCACAGCCACCCCACAUUAAAAAGGAAGAGGAGGAACUCUGGAUCACUCAGGAGGGAGAGUAUCUUCUCGGACUGCAGGAGGAUGAUCUCACCAAGUUGCCACUGACUGUUGUCUCUGUGAAGACUGAAGAUGAUGAAGAGAAACCACAAGCAGACAACCUCUUAGCUCCACUAUCAGAUAGUGAGGCUGAAGACGAGGUUGAAGAACAUCUGAGCAGCGAUGAAGGUGAUACGAGGACUCACACUGAUAAACACUCUGGAUGCUCUAAAAUGAAGAGUGAUAAAAAAUGUUUGAGCUGCUCGGUUUGUGCUAAAAGCUUUAAUAGAAAAAGCAAUUUGACUCAACACAUGGUAACACACAGAGGAGAAAAAACAUACAAUUGUUCUGUUUGUAGUAAAAGUUUUUCUCGAAAGGGCAAUUUGACUCAACACAUGAAAACACACGCAGAAAAACAUUUUUGUUGCUCUGUUUGUGAUAAAAGGUUUUUUUUCAGACAAAAUUUGACUCGACACAUAAUGAGACACAAAGUAGGAAAACCAUUUAAUUGUUCAGUUGGUGGUAAAAACGUUCCUAAAAAGUGCGAUUCGACUCAACACACGAGCACCGACACAAGAGAAAAAACAUUUAAUUGCUCUGAUUGUGGUAAAAUCUUUCCCCAAAAAAGCAAUCUGACCGACCACAUGAGAACACACACAGGAGAAAAACCCUUUAAUUGUUCGGUUUGCUGUAAUAGCUUUUCUCAAAAGAGCCAUUUGACUCAACACAUAAGAACGCACACAGGAGAAAAACCAUUUAAUUGUUCAGUUUGUCAUGAAAGCUUUUCUCAAAAGAGCAGCUUGAAUGAUCACAUGAGAACACACUCCGGUGAAAAACCAUUCAUUUGUUCAUUUUGUAGUAAAGGAUUUUUUUCCAGACAAGGUUUGACCCAACACAUAAUGAAGCACACAGGAGAAGAACCAUUGAAUUGUUCAGUAUGUGGUAAAAGCUUUCCUAAAGAGAGCAGUAUGACUGAACACAUGAGAACGCACACAGGAGAAAGACCAUUUAAUUGUUCAGUUUGUGCUAAAACCUUUUCUCAGAAGGGCAGUUUGACUCAACACAUGAGAACACACACAGAAGAAAAACUUUUUAAUUGUUCCGUCUGUGGUAAAAACUUUUCUUAUAAGAGCAAUUUGAUUCAACACAUGAGAACACACACGGGCGAAAAACCAUUUAAUUGUUCGGUUUGUAGUAAAAUAUUUUCUCAAAAGAGCUGUUUGACUGAACACAUGAGAACACACACAGGAGAAAAAACAUUUAAAUGCUGCGUUUGUGGUAAAAGCUUUCCCCACAAAACCAAUCUGAUUCAACACAUGAGAACGCACACAGGAGAAAAACCAUUUAUUUGUUCAGUUUGUGGUAAAAGCUUUUCUCAAAAGAACAAUAUGGUUCAACACAUGAAAACACACACAGGAGAAGAAAACAUUUAAUUGUUCAGUCUAUCCGUAUCCGUCGAGUAUAAGUUUUUA